AUGUUAUCACUGUCUCUUGCAAUAUUGAGUUUACAGCAUCGUCUUCUAAAGUUUUGCAUCAUCACAGUGGAAAAUCUUCUUUUUAAUCACAGAGUUCAAUCCAUUCGGAAGAUUAGCAUGAUAAGUGAGUUGGCUCUCUCACAAGAUGACUAUACCAUUAAGGUCCGUGUCAUCCGUUUGUGGAGACAAACUUCAUGGAAUCAACAACUUCGUAUGAUUGGCAUGAUAUUGAUGGAUGAAAUGGGCUCAAAAAUUGAAUGUAAUGUGGACAAACCAUUUGCAUCGCUUCAAGGAAAAUCUUUUGAAGAAUAUGGUGAUUACUACAUUCAUAAACCCACAUUAGGGUUAAAUGAAGGUGCUAUAAAAGGACAUGAAGUUUUUGUUACCCUAUGGGGAAUGUAUGCUGAUGAAAUUAAUGCAUAUGUCUCUAAGCAUACCAGUCAUUUUGUAUUGCUUAUUCAAUGUGCUAAGUUGAAGCUUGUCCGAGAUCGUCCUUAUGUCAAUAACACCUACUUGGCCACAAAACUUUAUAUUGAAGAUGACAUUGAGGAGAUAACAACUUUCAAAAAAAGUUUACAAGCACAAAAAGGCUCUUUGACUUCCUCAGUUUCACGUACCUCGGGUUCAUCCAUCAUGUAUUCACUACAUGAUGACUUUCUUCAGAAAAACUCUUUUCACCAAAUAUCCGCUAUUCACGAAUUGAACGAGGGAGGUUGUGCGGUAAUUCUUGGCACAAUAAAGAUGUUUGAAGAUACACGGAACUGGUAUUAUAAUGCUUGCAAACAUUGCAAGUCAAAGGUUCAAAUAGUUAAGGUUUCAGAUGAGACGGUCAAUGGCUUGGACCAGUUAGAAGAGAAAGAGAUUAUGGUUUGUACAAAUGAAAAGUGCAAGGACAAACUUAUUACUGCUGAACCAAGUUUUAUGAUCAAAGUUCGAGUUCAAGGUUUAGUUGGUGUUGUGAGUCUUACGAUCUUUGAUCGUGAAGUCAGAAAUAUUCUGAAAUUAUCUGCUGCUGAUUUAUUAUCAAAAUAUGAAAGGUUUGGCAAUACAAGUCAGUUUCCUAUUGAGUUGAAUGCCAUGAUCGACAAAAAAUUGGUUUACAAGAUUGUUGUCAAGACAUUUAAUGUUUCAAGAUUUGGUCGUUCUUACAACAUUUCCAAAAUAACGGAUAAUGUUGACAUUAUUUCUGCUUUGGAGAAAAUUGAGAAAAAGAGUAGGAUUGAACAGGACAUGGAUACUGAAUCUGUUAAUAUAAUUGGCUCAGAAUUUGCAUCUCAAGAAACAGUGGGUUGUAAGGAUGAUACUUCCCACACUACUGAUAAUACUCCUGUGUCGAAUAUUCCCUCUGGCAUAUCAUCAAGAACAGUCAACAACCUCAAUUCACCGCCUACAAGUGCCAAACGUAAACUUGUAGAUGUUUACGAUCUUGAUGAUGACGUUUAUGAAUCAGCAACGAAACCUAAUGCACCCCGUAUUGGAGAUGGCAAAGUUGGUGGAACAACAAAAUUGUUGAUUCCUAAAGUUGAAAAGUGA